UGUGCGUGUCAGCGGUAACGUUCAGCUCACGUGUGUGAGUGAUUUAGUAGGGGAAGUUAAUGCACAUACAGGCCAAGAAUGUCCGUCGACAACACGGUACAUGCACUGAAGACGACCAACCAGCAGGCAGUGCGGGAUUUCUAGAGUGGCAACUCUCAUACCGUAAGAUCACCACUAGUCUUGCAGCUGCACUGUCCGCGGCCGGACGGUACGGAGAUGGCAUGGCAGCUCGUGGUACGUGCGCGUCGGCUUACCUGGUCGGCCCACGGCCUGAGACAGAGGAAGAUUUUGGCACUCAUUGUCGGUGUGUCGCUAUUCAGCUGUGCGCACUUCCUUGCCAGAUCAGAGGGAGUGUUCUCGGCGGGGCUGCAGCGCCAAGAGACGUCAGAGAAUCGGGUAGUUCACGGCAGCGAUGUCCAGCGGCUGAACGAACUCGGAAAUGGUGCUCUUUGGCCACCCCCUCCGUCCUCAGAUCAAGUCACACAGGAAGGGGAAUUUCCCUUUAAGCCCGCCAGGCCACCUGGAGAUAUCAGCGAACUGUCGGGGGUCAAUUCACUGGGCCGGCUGAGGCAGGCCAAGAUGGCCGUAAAACGGCACGAGGAGCCGUUCCCGUGGCCUGUGAGGCAGAACUUCAUUCCAAACUAUUUCCUCAACUACGACAAUGCGUCGCUGUCGCCUGCAGCGGAGGACAAGCCGAUGCGUUUCGACUCACACAGCGUCCUCGUUUACCUGCACCACAACAAAGCGGCUGGUACAACGACCAAGAGGUGUCUGUCCGACAUUGCAGGCGCCAGUCUGGGUCGGACGGUUGGGCCCGUGUUGAGUAGCGAAGGACGGCUGGCCGUAGAGGCUCGUUUCAUGCGGAAGAGGCGAUUCAAGAUGCGGAGUACGCCCAACGUGUACUUUGGUGGGUACUCUUUCGGACUCUGUGACCGAUACAAGAAACCUUGCGCCUACUUCACCGUUAUGCGGGACCCGUACGAGCGGACGCUGUCUUCCCAUUCGUACUGCAAGCACGCACGACAGGAUCAACUCUGCUCCGCCCAGGUUGCUCGCAGGGUGUCCCUUCACGAAUGGGCUCUGCACCAAGGCAGCUUCUUCUUCAGGCAGCUCUUGUUCCAGCCAGUGUUCUGCAGCGACAAGACUCGCUGGAUGCGCUACAUCGACAUCGAAGGCGUUCCGCAUGACUUCGUGAUGAAGCAAGAUUGGCUGAGGAGCGCCCCCUGUUGGUUCCGACAGAAACUCAUCAUGGAGCUGACUUUAAACGAGACUCUGCACGAGGCUUUACUCCAGUACUGCCUGGAGAACAUGGAACGCUGGUUUACCGUCAUCAUGCUGGUAGACCACUACGACGAAUCACUGCAAAUGGCACAGCAAGCCCUGAAACUGCCCAUGUACGAUCGGUGCGCCGGAAGGCGCUACAACGCUGGUUCCUACAACAAAACCAGCAACCCCAUCAACGUGUCGAAAUCAAUGGAACCCAACGGGACUAUCGCCGGGCACCAGCCAACGACCGAUCCUUCAGCGGAAAAGCAGUUGCUUGAACUUCGGAAGGAUCCGGAAAUCCGUAAGAUCUUGCGAGCAGACGAACUGUUAUACCGAAAAGGAGUGGAAAUCUUCAACAAGCAGAGGGUGGUAUUCAAGAAAAUCCAAUCUCAAACAUGACAACAAAGUAUUCAAACGCUUAACUCAUCCAGCGAAGUCCUUUCUCCAGCUUUUUACCCUUUGCAAGUAGCCCACGGCUCGACACUUCCCACUUCCUUGACACUUUUUCAAAGGGUGUUCCAGCGUUGAGUCUCAUCUAUGCAUUGAUUGUAUGAUUUGGGAAGAUGGCUUCAGCGGAGUAUAUAGUAUGUACUUUGUAAACAAAAUAUUAAUUAUCAAUUACACGAUGCCUUUCUUAAUACUCACACUGAGUUGUCUAUGAAGUUGGCAGCUGACACUUUAGCGGCUAGAGGGCUGGCAACGUCUGAAUAAUUAGAACCAACCGAAGGAAAUGGAGCAUUAAGCCUAUCGUUGACAAUCUAGACCUAGCAAUUUGUAGCUGAAAGGACACUCACUAGACGCGUGUUACCCAUGCCCAAGCACAAUGUGCAUAGUUCAAGUCGCUUUUAGCACUACUCAACAUAAGUUGCCGCGCUGGCAAUAUAAUCACACGGUCUUUAUUUACAGGUACUACGGUUGCUCUUCAGUCCACUUGGCUUGGUCUCUGGAGGUCUUCCACCAUAACAGAUAUAAAUAAUGCACGUCCGAUGGAUGACUCUGACUGAAGUAGAGGAAGGGAAAAGGCGAAACAAAACUGAGUCGUGUUCGUUUCCCGACGGUCGAGAACAUUCAGUCGUACGUGGAAAGUGCUUCCAUUAGCUGUGUAAAUACAGGUCACACCGGUGCAACGCUCGUCUGAUGGACUGGAGUGAUGUCCUUCGCUGGGCGUCGGUGGAAGCAUAGAGCAAGGAUCCUUGCUCUACGGUAGAAGCGUGCCACGGCAUAACACUGGGACGUAAAUCCAUUUACAUGUACAUGCACGUUUAGUAACCGUCGUUGAGAUUAAAGGGAUCGGGGGGGGGAGAUGGAUCCUGACACUACAAUUCUGGGUUUGACCGAAUUCCCUCGUUAUUUUAAAACAUCUUUUGCCACGUCCUGGGUGAUAAUGGCUGAAAUUGUCGAGGAGGCACUCGAGAUAAGUCUGCGUUUACACAAUGUAGCAUGCGGGGUCUAUAAAUGGCCUGUUCUAAACUUCAGCCUUGUUUCCAAACAGACAAAAGGCGCCUUUCCACAAUGCGCGUCAACACUUACGCUGAGCGUUGCGUAUCCGUCAAAAUCGCUCCCAGGGCGAUUUUGACGCUCCCAGGGCGAUUUUGACGGCCAAACGCAACGCACACAUAUGUUAUGUUAAUAAUGGAGCCGAUCUAUGGGUGCGUUCGAUUAGCUUACACGUGUAAGUCAAACUUACACGAGAGCGUUCGUUUAGCGAUCACGUGAUGU